CUAAAAAAGCAACAUAUUUUAUAAAUCAUGGCAAGACUUACAUUCUCACUGUGCUUCAUUGGCUUUUUCUUGUGCCUCAUUAUGUGCACCAAUUCCGUGCAAGGGAAAACUUGGUGUGUAGCUCAAAGCCAGGCUACCGAACCAAAGUUGCAACAAGUUCUUGACUAUCUUUGUGGACAACUCGACUGCAAGGAGAUUCAACCUGGAGGAUCGUGCUUUAACCCUAACACUGUGCGAAAUCAUGCUUCUUAUGCUAUUGAUCUUAACUUUCAAAUUAAUGGUGUAUGCGAUAUUAGUUACGCUACUCCUGCUGUCACGGAUCCAUCUUUCGGGACAUGUGUCUACCCCUAAGUGAAGAAAAAGUCGUAAUCGAACGACACAUUGAAGGGAAGAUCAUAUUUUUUUCAAAUUCUUGAAGGGUGAAAAGAAUGUAUAAAACAAUCUAAUAAGUGGAAAUAAAAUGUUCUUUUAGUCUUUACACGUUGUUUCAUAUAUUAUAUUGUGUGUAUGC